CCAAUCCACCAACAUUUUCAUGCAUUCUCCAAAAAUAUAUUGGCCUAUUGAUCUCAUCUCUUCCUUUACUGUCUUUCAGGCCAUUUUGCUUAUCAUGCAUAAGACUUGUCCUUCAUUCAGGCUCUGAACUUGUCAAGCUCUGUGACAUAUCAACUAUUUCAACUAUUUCAACUAUUUCCACAUAAGACACCAGAGUUAGGCAUGGCUUCACUUGUUCAAUCAACUGAAUCUCAAAUUUUACAUGCCAUGUCUCUAGCACCAACUCAGCAAAGAUCAACAAGCAGCAUUAGACCAGAUGUGGAGGCUAAUGACUCAUCAUUAGACAAGGAAUCAAAAUUAUCAGUUCUUCCUGAAGACUACACUUGGCCUUUUCUUCUUCGAUUCCCUGUAUCGUCCUUUGGAAUGUGUCUCGGAGUUAAUAGCCAAGCAAUUCUUUGGAAGACAUUAGCCACUGCACCAUCCAUGAAAUUCCUGCAUGUCAGCUUGACUGCAAACCUCAUUCUCUGGUUCUUUGCACUUACAUUGACAUUCAUUAUCUCCUUGAUCUACAUUCUGAAAAUCAUUUACCACUUUGAAGCAGUGAGAAGAGAGUACUAUCAUCCAAUCAGAGUCAAUUUCUUCUUUGCUCCAUGGCUUGCCUGCCUUUUCUUAGUACUUGGUGUUCCACCAUCAGUUACUAAAACACUUCAUCCUUCUCUCUGGUAUGCUUUAAUGGCACCAAUCUUUUGCCUUGAGCUCAAAAUCUAUGGUCAAUGGAUAUAUGGAGGCCACUGCAGGCUCUCAAAGGGUGCAAAUCCAUCAAGUCACCUAUCAAUAGUCGGAAACUUUGUCGGUGCAUUGCUAGGUGCAUCAAUGGGACUCAAAGAAGAAGCUAUAUUCUCCUUUGCUGUUGGAUUAGCUCACUACACUGUCCUGUUCAUCACUCUGCUCCAAAGGCUCCCAACAAAUCAGCCUCUCCCGCAAGAGCUUCAUCCUGUGUUCUUCUUGUUUGUGGUUCCACCUAGUGUUGCUUGCAUGGCAUGGGCAAAGAUCCAAGGACACUUUGAUUACCUUUCUAAGUUUGCUUACUUUGUUGCUCUCUUCCUCUAUGUUUGUCUUGUUGUGAGGAUUAAGUUAUUCAGAGGAUUCAGGUUUUCUCUAGCAUGGUGGGCAUAUACCUUUCCAUUGACUGGUGCACCAAUUGCAACAAUUUGGUACUCAAAUGAAGAAGAGAAUUUGUUAACAAGAUCACUUUCUGUAGCACUCUCUUCAAUCUCAACAUGUGCCUUAACUGCAGUGUUUGUUUCCACUGUUAUUCAUGGCUUUGUGCUUCAUGAUCUCUUCCCCAAUGAUAUCCCUAUUGGCAUCACAGAGAAGAGACCAAAGUCCAGUAAAAAGCUCUCAUAUCUCAAAUCAAUUAUCUCUUCUUUGUGACUCUUCAAAACAACUGCAUUUAUAUGUGAUGCAAACUAUGGGACAUGUAUCCUUGUGGAGCUACUGUGCAAUUACAAUAAAAAUUUCUGAAAAAACAAUUUGUAAGUUUAUUUCUUGUAUUUAUUUCUCUAUCUAUC